AUGUCCACUGGGUCACCAUCGUCUCUUGCGUCCACGAAGCGUCGUCUAACGCAUGUCGCUUCUCACCUCAGAACACCCAAGCUGAAGGUCGUAGUAUGCCGGGACUUGGGACCCAAUGUUAUGCCUCUCCUGCGGGACAGGCCGGAGAUAGAUCUGGUCGUCUGGCCGGAAGACAAGCCUUGCGAACGCCCCUGGCUGUUAGAGAACAUCCGAGGGGCAGCUGGGGUCUUGGUGAUGCUUUCGGACAAGGUCAACCAGGAACUCAUAGAUGCAGCCGGACCCAGCUUGAAAGUUGCCUCGACGAUGUCAGUCGGUUAUGAGCACGUCGAUCUCCCGGUCGUCGCGAAAGCCGGCGUUCGAAUCGGUUACACGCCCGACGUUCUGACCGACGCCGUGGCGGACCUGACCGUGAUGCUAGCCCUGAUGGCAAGCCGCAACGGCGGCGAGGCUGUUUCGCUCGUUCAAUCCGGUGGUUGGCCAAGUUUCUCAUGGUCGCCUUUCGGCCUGUGCGGCCCGCAGAUCAGCGCGUCGCCCUUCUCCCCGAAGCGCACCGUCGGCUUCCUCGGCUUCGGGCGGAUAGCGCAGGCGACGCUCGCGCGCCUCGUCCCCUUCGGCAUCACGCACUGCCUCUUCACGUCCAACCCGUCCUCAACGGCCGACCCGGCGUUCGAGGCCGCGAUCGCGGCGAAGUACGGCGUGCAGGUGCGCCGGGUGGGGCUGGACGAGCUCGCGCGGGAGAGCGACGUGCUGGUGGUGCUCGCGCCGGGCGGGGCGAGGACGCAUCACGUGGUGAACGAGGAGGUGCUGCGGAAGAUGAAGAAGACGGCGGUGCUGGUGAACACCGCGCGCGGGACGGUGGUGGACUCGGACGCACUCGCGAGGGCGCUGAGGGAGGGGUGGAUAUGGGGCGCGGGGCUGGACGUGGUCGAGGGCGAGCCGAACGUGACGGCGGACCAUCCGCUCGUGAAGGAGCCGAGGGCGGUCGUGCUCCCGCAUCUCGGGAGCGCGACGAUCGAGACGAGAUUGGGUAUGGCGACGCUGGCGGCGAAGAAUUUGCUCGGUGGUUUGGGUUUGGAAGAGGGCAUGCCCGCUGAGCUGGACGUAAAAAGUCGCGCGUAGAUCGUAGCAAUCCCGCUGCUCGUGGCGUAUAGAGGUAUCACUUAUUGUCGAGUCCUACAUCUGCGCCAGCUUAUCCACCAAAUCCUCCAUGACAUCUUUAGGCUUCUGCGGAGGCGACGAGGGCCCAUCAGACUUCUGUAGGCUGAUGGGCACGAGCGGUGCGGCUUCUGGCUCGAAGCCCGGCGCGACUUUGCGCAGAGCCUCGCGUUUGCGGCGUUCACGUUCGUCGUGGCGGGCCUGGAGGUACGCCUCUCUACGUGCUGCGUGCGCCGCUAGCGUGGCGCGCCGUGACGACUCCAUGGUGAGGACAUGCGGUUCUAGGGUAAACGGGUAGACGAAGUAUGCUGUGACCGAAUCGGGUAGAGGAUGGAUGUCGGGAGGAAGGGUGACUGGACGAGGAACUCGGACACUAGGAGACUUGAUCAAGGGUACGCUAGCUGCAGCG